UUAAGCGCCCCUGAAAUGCCACCCAGAUCAUCAUCCGCUCCAAAGCCAACACAGCAGCAGCAGCUGUCAGUAACCAAGGGACAGCCAGCCCAGGAAGCAGACAGAGCGGCAGCAAUGGAGAGCAAGAGAUCGCCGUGCGCGCCGGCCGUGGCGGUGCUCCUCCUCCUCCUGUUCGUCCUCAUGCCGGACGAGGCGGACGCCCAGGUGUUCUGCCGGUCCCAGUUCAACCUGGCCAACGAGGCCUGCAGCCUGCGGACUUACCCCGGCGCCAACCCGGCGGUGCCCCCGCGGCGGCCACUUCUUCUCAACGCCUCAUCGUCCGCCAGCGGCUACGAGCUGCAGGCGGCCGGCGACGAGCACAGCGCCAGCGGCGGCCAUGGCGGCGACCACGGCGGCAGCCAUGGCGGCGAGCACGGGAGCAGCCACGGCAGCGAGCACGGGGGCAGCCACGUCAGGCGCCGCCAUGGGCACCAGCACCACGUAGGAGGCGCGGACCCGUACGACACGGCGUGCUGCCGGCGCCUCAUGGGCAUCGACAACGCCUGCAUCUGCCAGGCCAUGUCCUUCCUCCCGCAGUUCAUGAGCAGGGUCAAGCACUCCAUCAAGCUCACCCCAGUCCCAGGCUGCGACAUCUCCUUCGAGUGCGCCGGCGUCUACUGACCACGGACGCCCCGCCACUUCCCACAAUUUCAUUUUACUCAAAACGUAGCAGCCUCUGCAGCAGCAAUUUUCCAUUUUCCUGGUCUAGCCUAACAAUUCUGGGAUUUAUUUACAUUAUAUAGUUCUGUUCUGGAUUAUUUUUCGCCCUCUCAGAUUAGUAGGGACCUUUUUUUUCCACUAUAUGAUCAAUAGUGAAUUGGCAUUCUCCACA